AUGAGGUACAGCGUAUCCCCUCCCGUAUCCCCCGCGUACAGCGUAUCCCCUCCCGUAUCCCCGCCUGUAUCCCCACCUGUGUCCCCUGCGUACAGCGUAUCCCCUCCCAUAUCCCGCCUGUAUCCCCACAAGUAUCCCCCGCGUACAGCGUAUCCCCUCCCGUAUCCCCGCCUGUAUCCCCACCUGUGUCCCCUGCGUACAGCGUAUCCCCUCCCAUAUCCCGCCUGUAUCCCCACAAGUAUCCCCCGUGUACAGCGUAUCCCCUCCCAUAUCCCCUCCCGUAUCCCGCCUGUAUCCCCACAAGUAUCCCCCGCGUACAGUGUAUCCCCUCCCGUAUCCCCGCCUGUAUCCCCCGCGUACAGUGUAUCCCCUCCCGUAUCCCGGCCUGUAUCCCCACCUGUGCCCCCCGCGUACAGCGUAUCCCCUCCCGUAUCCCCGCCUGUAUCCCCACAAGUAUCCCCCGCAUACAGCGUAUCCCCUCCCGUAUCCCCUCCCGUAUCCCCGCCUGUAUCCCCUGCGUACAGCGUAUCCCCUCCCGUAUCCCUGCCUGUAUCCCCACCUGUGUCCCCCGCGUACAGCGUAUCCCCUCCCGUAUCCCGCCUGUAUCCCCACAAGUAUCCCCCGCGUACAGCGUAUCCCCUCCCGUAUCCCCUCCCAUAUCCCCGCCUGUAUCCCACGCGUACAGCAUAUCCCCUCCCGUAUCCCGCCUGUAUUCCCACAAGUAUCCCCUGCGUACAGUGUAUCCCCUCCCGUAUCCCCGCCUGUAUCCCCUGCGUACAGCGUAUCCCCUCCCGUAUCCCCACCUGUGUCCCCCGCAUACAGCAUAUCCCCUCCCGUAUCGCCAUCUGUGUCCCCCGCGUACAGUGUAUCCCCUCCCGUAUCCCCGCCUGUAUCCCCCGCAUACAGCGUAUCCCCUCCCGUAUCGCCAUCUGUGUCCCCCGCGUACAGUGUAUCCCCUCCCGUAUCCCCGCCUGUAUCGCCACCUGUGUCCCCCGCGUACAGUGUAUCCCCUCCCGUAUCCCCUGUGUACAGCGUAUCCCCUCCCGUAUCCCCUGUGUACAGCGUAUCCCCGCCUGUAUCCCCUGCGUACAGUGUAUCCCCUCCCGUAUCCCCUGCGUACAGUGUAUCCCAUCCCGUAUCCCCCACGUACAGCGUAUCCCCUCCUAUAUCCCCUGUGUACAGCAUAUCCCCUCCCGUAUCCCCACCUGUAUCCCCCACGUACAGCGUAUCCCCUCCCGUAUCCCCUCCUGUAUCCCCUGUGUACAGCAUAUCCCCUCCCGUAUCCCCACCUGUAUCCCCCGCGUACAGCGUAUCCCCUCCAGUAUCCCGGCCUGUAUCCCCCGCAUACAUCGUAUCCCCUCCCGUACCCCCACCUGUAUCCCCCGCGUACAGCGUAUCCCCUCCCGUAUCCCGGCCUGUAUCCCUGCCUGUAUCCCCUCCUGUAUCCCCGCCUGUAUCCCCCGCAUACAGCGUAUCCCCUCCCGUAUCCCCGCCUGUAACCCCUCCUGUAACCCCUCCUGUAUCCUCUCCUGUAUCCCCGCCUGUAUCCCCCGCGUACAGCGUAUCCCCUCCCGUAUCCCCGCCUGUAACCCCUCCUGUAUCCCCGCCUGUAUCCCCCGCGUACAGCGUAUCCCCUCCCGUAUCCCCGCCUGUAACCCCUCCUGUAUCCCCGCCUGUAUCCCCCGCGUACAGCGUAUCCCCUCCCGUAUCCCCGCCUGUAACCCCUCCUGUAUCCCCUCCUGUAUCCCCGCCUGUAUCCCCCGCGUACAGCGUAUCCCCUCCCGUAUCCCCUCCCGUAUCCCCGCCUGUAUCAUAUGUAUUCAUUCAUAA